CAACUAGCAGCCCGCCCGCCGCCCGCUCCGAAGGCCGAACGGUGCAAGCCCACCAUCAAACCGACCAAAGCUGCCAUUACAGUCACACCCGGUGCUGUGCAGCGACUCCGUGCACUGCUCAAGGGGCCCACGCCUCAGCUCAUACGGAUAGGCGUGCGGAUCAAGGGCUGCGCAGGGCUCUCAUACCACCUCGAAUACGUCGACAAGCCGGGCAAGUUCGACGAGGUCGCCGAGCAGGACGGCGUGAACGUCCUCAUUGACAGCAAGGCGUUCUUUUCCAUCAUCGGCAGCGAGAUGGACUGGCACGAGGAUUCACUGAGGUCCUUCGCGUUCAAGGACCCGAACAUCAAGGACGCGUGCGGGUGCGGAGAGUCGUUCAGCGUCGGCUCGCACAGAGCCUGA